GUCACGCCAUGGACUGCAGCAGAGAUACGGCAAGAGUGGCCUCCUUUGCCUCCUAUCCUUGACCCCAAACUGGCCGAGGAGGUUUUCACGCACCCGGGCCUUGGGCUCAAGUAUAACUAUGAGCGUCUGGAAUGGCUAGGCGACGCAUAUAUCGAGCUGAUCGCGAGCGCUCUCAUCCACCAAACGUUCACGCAGCUGCGAUCCGGAACUUGCGCGCAACUCCGCGAGAGAUGUGUUCGUAACAUCACCCUCGCCGAGUUCUUUCGGCACUACGAGAUGUCUAGAUGGGCCAAGCUCCCGGGAUCGUUCCGUGAUCACAUGACACUGGGACGAGGACGAUCAAAGGACAAAGAUUUACUGAAGACACAAGCCGACAUGUUCGAAGCCUAUGUCGCAGCCGUUAUUCUUUCGGAUCCCGAGCAAGGACUCAUCACCGUGGUGGGGUGGCUGAAGUCCCUCUGGGGUAGGACACUCAAAGAAGACAUUUACAAGGCAGAGGUGGCGAAGACGCGAUCAGAAACUCAACCAACGCCUGGAGGGGCAAUAGACUCGAGUGCCAAGCAGCGGCUGAGCGUAAAGAUUGUGACCAAGGGUGUUACAAUCGAGUACAAAGAUCUACCGGGCGAGAAAAGGGACAAGAAUCUGGGACUACCCUUGUUCACUGUUGGAGCAUAUUUGACCGGCUACGGCGAGGUCGGAAGACUAUUAGCGGUCGGCACGGCCCUGAGCAAGAAGGACGCUGGCAACAAAGCAGCUGAGGCGGCGUUGCAGAACAAGCGGCUCAUACAGGCAUAUGAGGAGAAGAAGAAACAAUAUAUGCAAGCGAGGGACGAUAAUUCAAUCCUGAAUAGGCUGUUAUAA